GUUUGGAUCGUUCCAGAAGCGGAGAACGACUGCAGAAGGAGUUGAGGUUGCGGGUGUAUUUUCUGUAGUUUAUAUCAAUUCUGGCAGCAUAUAUACGACUUCUGUUUAUUUUGCCACACUGUCCUUUGUCUGGCAAACGGGUUUUAGAAAAAAAUAGCAUUUGUUCCGUAAACCGGCUUGCGUUAUCUUUUCAUACAGUUUUAACAAAAAGGUCAACAUCAUGCUUAAUGUGGCAUCACAGAGACUGCUUCAACUUAGGACAGGUUGUCCCCGUGGCAUCAGUUCACUGGUGAAAAAGGCAUGUUGGAAUGGCCUGAGUCAAGACGCCCUCAGAGUAUUAUCCAGACGGGAUUAUGCAUCUGAGGCAAUUAAAGGAGCAGUUAUAGGGAUCGAUUUAGGAACUACCAACUCCUGUGUGGCAGUAAUGGAAGGAAAACAAGCAAAGGUCCUUGAAAAUGCAGAGGGUGCUCGAACAACCCCAUCUGUUGUUGCCUUUACUGGUGAUGGUGAGAGACUGGUUGGGAUGCCAGCAAAGCGGCAGGCAGUAACCAAUCCUAAUAACACUCUUUAUGCUACAAAACGUUUGAUUGGACGUCGCUUUGAUGAUCCUGAAGUUCAAAAAGACAUAAAAAAUGUACCUUAUAAGAUUGUUCGUGCUACAAACGGAGAUGCUUGGGUAGAGGCUCAUGGGAAGAUGUACUCUCCCAGUCAGGUUGGCGCCUUUGUGCUUAUGAAAAUGAAGGAAACUGCAGAAAGCUACCUGAGUCACAAUGUAAAGAACGCAGUUAUUACAGUUCCAGCAUACUUCAACGAUUCCCAGCGGCAAGCAACUAAAGAUGCCGGACAGAUUGCUGGGCUGAAUGUCUUGAGAGUAAUUAAUGAGCCAACAGCUGCUGCCUUGGCCUAUGGACUUGAUAAAUCCCAGGAUAAAAUCAUUGCUGUCUAUGAUCUUGGUGGUGGAACUUUUGAUAUAUCCAUCUUGGAAAUCCAAAAGGGAGUAUUUGAAGUAAAAUCCACCAAUGGGGACACCUUCCUUGGAGGAGAGGAUUUUGACCAGGCACUUCUAAAACACAUUGUUAAAGAAUUCAAGAGAGAGUCAGGUGUUGACCUCACCAAAGACAACAUGGCUUUACAGAGGGUACGUGAGGCUGCUGAAAAGGCCAAAUGUGAAUUAUCGUCAUCGCUUCAGACUGAUAUCAACUUGCCAUACCUGACAAUGGAUGCCUCUGGCCCAAAACAUUUGAAUUUGAAAUUGACACGGUCACAGUUUGAAGGUAUUGUGGCUGAACUGAUUCGUAGGACAGUAGCACCCUGCCAGAAGGCAAUGCAGGAUGCAGAGGUUGCCAAGAGUGAAAUUGGAGAGGUCUUGCUUGUUGGUGGAAUGACCCGCAUGCCAAAGGUUCAGCAGACAGUGCAAGAUCUCUUUGGCCGUGCCCCAAGUAAAUCUGUGAAUCCAGAUGAAGCUGUGGCCAUUGGAGCCGCAAUCCAGGGUGGUGUGUUGGCUGGUGAUGUCACUGAUAUCCUACUGCUUGAUGUCAGUCCGUUGUCUCUGGGCAUUGAGACACUGGGAGGAGUCUUUACAAAACUUAUAAACCGGAACACCACUAUUCCUACCAAGAAGAGUCAGGUUUUCUCCACUGCAGCAGAUGGACAGACCCAAGUAGAGAUUAAGGUGUGCCAAGGAGAGAGAGAGAUGGCGGCAGACAAUAAGCUGCUUGGACAAUUCACUCUGGUUGGGAUCCCUCCAGCGCCACGUGGUGUCCCUCAGAUAGAAGUUACAUUUGAUAUUGAUGCAAAUGGAAUUGUUCAUGUGUCUGCCAAAGAUAAAGGCACUGGUCGAGAACAGCAGAUUGUGAUCCAGUCAUCUGGGGGUCUAAGUAAAGAUGACAUUGAGAACAUGAUCAAGAAUGCUGAAAGAUAUGCAGAAGAGGAUAGAAGGAGAAAGGAGCGUGUUGAAGCAGUGAAUAUGGCAGAAGGGGUUGUCCAUGACACAGAGUCUAAAAUGGAGGAGUUCAAAGACCAGCUUCCAGCAGACGAGUGCAACAAACUUAAAGAUGAGAUCACAAAAGUCAGAGACUUACUUUCAAGGAAAGAUUCAGAGACUGGUGACACCAUCCGACAGGCAGCUUCUAAUCUGCAACAGGCAUCUCUGAAACUGUUUGAGAUGGCAUACAAGAAAAUGGCAUCAGAGAGAGAAGGCAGCAGUGACAGAACGUCUUCCGGAAGUGAAGAGAAGAAAGAAGGACAACAAUAAGACAAUGUGUUUUUGGGAUAUGUCACACUGGUUAUUGAACUUUGAGCUUGGGACAUAACAAAUGCCACGUUCCUGAGCAAUUUAAAAAGCAAAUGAGUCAUUAUUAUAUAUACUGUGUUUUUUGCAGUAUUCUAUACAUAGUUAUUUUCUCCUAAUUUUGUAAUUUAAAGUUUUGGAAGUUUAUCUUCAUAACAUUUUAAAAUUGUUUUUUCAUUUUCGAUGUAAACACUGUGCAAUGUCUAAAUUCAUAGUGCCUGUACGUCCCAUUGCUUUAUAAUAAAUAUUGCUUUUUCUGUCCA